AUGGGUGUCACGGGUUCGGGCAAGAGCACCUUCAUCUCCAAGUGUUGUGGCCCAAAUGCCACGGCCUCAAUCGGCCAUUCCAUGAGAUCAUGCACGUCGGACGUGGCUAUCUAUCCCUUCGUGCUGUCAGACAGCUGCACCGUCUAUCUCAUCGAUACUCCUGGUUUCGAUGACUCCCACAAAAGCGACACCGAGGUACUCAACGACCUUGCCGCCUGGCUUGUAGCUUUUCGCGUUGCAAAGAUCCUUCUCCACGGCAUCAUUUAUCUGCACCGUAUCACCGACACGCGUAUGCAGGGCUCCGCCAAGAAGAAUCUGCUUCUCUUCAAGAAGCUUUGUGGGCAGAACGCCCUGAAGAAUGUUGUGCUGGCCACUACGAUGUGGGAGUGGGCCCCGAGCGAAAUGGCCCGCUCACGAGAGAAGGAACUGAUAGAAACGUCAGAGUAUUGGGGGUACAUGAUGAAACACGGCAGCAUGUGUUUUCGAGUCGACGGUCCUGACUCGGAAAAACAUAUCGUCCAGCAUCUGGCCAACCAUAACAACCCAGUUACUACUGACUUACAGACCCAACUGGUUGAUGAGCAACGCAGACUCAACGAGACGUCGGCGGGCCAGGAACUACAGACCGAGGUGGCCAAGGACAAGAGGCGGUGGGAACACGCGGUCCAAGAGACCAGGACAGAGAUGCGCGAGGCCAAAAGGCAAAGCGAUCACGAAAGUCUGAGAGCCCUUGAAGAAGAGCUUUGCAGAUGCAAGAGCGAGAUCAAGCGAUCCGAGGAAAGGCGUUGCUUUCUUGACACAACCAUGAAGGAUCUGAUUGUCCUGUACAACAAGCAGGUUGCCGACAUGGAAGAGCAACAGGCUUCCCACUAUGGCCAUCCAGUCAGGGUGGAACUGCCCAGCCUGGAGGACCAAACACAACCAACAGGGCAACCCAUCGAGGUAGAGCAGCCUGGCACAACCCCUGGCCCGUCAAACGAGUUGGUGUUAUACGGAACCAACGACGUGUCAGAAAUACCAGCACAAGAUCUCAGGUAA